CAACGUUGGGGGAGCAGACGACAUCUGAACCGAUCACCUCCAAGGCUGCAGCAGUAAUCUGCAUAAUCUUACGCGUAUUAAAAUAGAGCCGCCGGAAUGGCGGCCACCGACCUCGGGAGUGCUCAAAGGCACUUGCCCCGUGAGCCUUUCUCUCCGGGUGGCCACAAGACUGGAGGAUUAGUUACGCGGCUUCGGACGGGUCAUACCGCUGGCCAUGGUAUACAUACAGUCUCGCUGGUGGGAACUAGUCCAUCUGCCAAGAUCUUCCCAGACAGCGGUACCGCGACGAAACGGCGCCCAUCAGACUUUAUCAAAGAACGAUCAUUAUCAACUGCAGAACGAAUGGCAAAAGUAUCAUGUAUUGGCUACUUACCACGCAUAAUUGGGCAUAUCGAUCAGAGUGACACAGCGACAAAACCCUCGGACGUUCCAAUAGACAGGCCACUCUUCCAGCCGUUCCCUUCAACCAUCGUGCUACAGUCCUGUGUACCAUUCGAAACUUACGAGAUAGUUAUUAACUUUAGAAACAACGAUAAGGUACACUAAAGGGAGACGUUUGGUGUCCACUCGCGACAAGCGAAUCUGAGAUCUAAGGGAACUGUUUGAACACUUUUCCAAUGACAGGUUCCCAGACGGUUGCGAAUAGAACCCAUAGACAGCCCGUAUUUUACAAUAGUUGGAUCGAAUAAUGACAAUUUGAACUCUGGCAAGGUCGCCCCAGGAAUGGAUGUUGCGUAUAUUUUACGUUUUACACCAGAGGCCGAAACGGACUACAAAUAUAAUUUGGUCUGCGUAACCGAAAGAGAGACAUUCCUGGUGCCGAUUGAAGCCAUUGGUGCACGAGCCGUACUAGAUUUCCCGGAUGAAUUGGUUUUCACAGACGCACCUGUCAAGUUCGACACCACCCGCACUUUAUUAGUUCGUAAUAUUGGAAAUCGCCCCGCAAAAUUCCAUAUCAAGACCGAGCCCCCCUUUCAUGUGAGCCCCACCAACGGAUAUCUUGAUUUGAAGCAAAGCAUGCAGAUAGACGUUGUGUUCCAUCCUGAGCAAAGUGGAAGCUUUAAACAGGAUCUUUGUGUCUGCUUUGACACUGGGGAGGAGAUUUAUGUUUCAUUGAUGGGGAGCGCGGAGAACGCUCAUAUUCGUUUGGAAAAGCCGACCUUGAAACUGGACAGUACUUAUAUCACUUUGGCGUCUAUUAAGACGGUCAAGAUCUUCAACCGGAGCGACAUUAUGGCGAAGUUUCAAUGGAAACGAUUUGCGGAUUCUACAGAAGAGGCUCAAUACCGUAUGAGGCGAAAUGCAGAGCUGUUGUGCUAUGAAGAGGAAGAAAAGGGUCGAAGCCAAGAGAUAGCAUCUGGGGAACGAAUCGGAGACUCUGUUGAUUUGGCUCUUCUGGCACAAAAAUACAAGAAUCAGAAGAGAGAAAUCGACAACGAUCCCUUAUUGUUUGAGGACGCAAUCUUUCGCGUUGAACCGACAGAUGGAAUCGUAUGGCCGAAAUCCUUCGUUGAAGUAAACGUGUUUUUCGAGCCGACCACACCUGGGGUACACUCGCAAACAAUAUACUGUGAUGUUGCUGGUCGGGACAUUCGACUGCCGCUACAACUGAAGGGAGAAGGUGUUGGUCCAAAAGCUCGCUUUUCGUAUGAUAUGUUGGAUUUAGAGGACAUUUAUAUUGACACUGUUCACAAAUAUGAGGUCAUCCUAGAGAAUUUGGGGGAUAUCGACGUAAUCUUCUCCUUGCGACCAUCUGGUAGUUUAUUUGGGCCAAAAUUUUCGUUCAUCCCGGAAUCUGGUGUCAUUGGUGUCGGUGAACAACAGGCAAUCAAUAUUGUAUUCCAUCCGGAUAUUCUUGGCUCUUUUAUUGAAGAGUUUACCUGGAACUUGCAGGGUUCUGCGGAGCCGAUCAUUCUUGGUUUCAAAGGGCAGGUAGUGGGUCCCAACUUCCACUUCGAUCUGGCAGAGCUGGAUUACCAAAAAGUUGCCUACGGAUUCGAAAGCGUUCGAGCUGUGACUCUGGUUAAUACUUCACAAAUCCCGAUGUCUUUCCAUCUGCGGGUAUCCGCAAAUGAAACAGAGUUCGCGAUAGAACCAUCGCGUGGGGUGAUACCUCCGACCGCAUCGCAGAAGAUCCAUGUGGCCUUUACGCCCACAUCGGUUCAACAAUACGAUACCCACAUUAUUGUCGAUGUUCCUGGAGUGAGCGAUGAUAUGUGCAGACUUUCGGUAUUUGCACAAAGUGUUGUGCCAGAGAUCAAACUACACUCUUUCGCGUUGGAAUAUGGCGAUUGCUUUCUGAACUAUCUCUACGACGGAUAUGUAUUAUUGGAAAAUCCAACCGACUUUCCGGCUCGUUAUAAACUACAGCUGCAGGAAGAAUCAGCAAAGGCGGUAUUUCAGUACUCUUCACGGAACGCAAUUGGGGUAAUAGAACCGCACUCAGAGACCAAAAUAAAUCUGGAGAUUCAAAUCAAGAGGCUGGGACAAAUAAACUUUCCUAUCUUCCUAACGAUUAGCGGGAACGAAGAGAUACCGGUGGUUGUUGACAUCACUGCAAACGGCAUUGGUCCGUCUGUGGUCGUUUCCACUACCGAACUCAACUGGGGCAAAAUACCCGUCUUGAAAGAUGUUCCUAUGUCUUUGUCUCUCAAGAAUGACUCUCCGAUUGCGGCUCAUUUUUCUUGUAACGCAGUCAGUGACCAAUCGGUAUAUCGAGUAUCGCCAAGUGAAGGGUGGGUUUCUCCUCAAGCAGAAGUAGAUCUCGAGGUCACGGCGUUUCUUGAUGAUGCGCUCAAAUUCACGGACAUUAUUAAGAUUGCUACACACUCCGGAGGUGUUCACGAGGUCCAUUUAGUCGCACGCGGACAGGGGACAACAAUUGUCUUUGACAAGUCACUGGAGGAAGUGCAUUUCGACGAUGUUUUCAGCAGUAGAGAAUGCAGUCGCGACUUCACCCUCGUUAAUAAAGGAAGACGGUCGCAAACACUCAUCUGGUCGGUGGAAGAGAAGCGAAGCAAGGAUGCUAAUGGCAUUUGGGAGCCGGUAUUUGAAGUCAUUCCUAGCCGGUUCACGCUCAAGCCAAAUGGUCAGCAAGUUAUUACGAUCAAGGGAUAUUCCAGCAAAGCCAUUGAGGUUUCCGAGACCUUGGUCUGCCAAGGAUUUAUCGACAAAGAUCCAACUCGUAGACAAAUCCUUACGACCCUAGUUUCGGCAAACUUUAUUACACCAUUAAUGAAAUUGACACCUCCAAGCUUAAAGUUUUUUGCGGCCCAUGAGAGAGAUGAAGAUUGUACGGUACUGACGCAAAAGUUGCAACUGAAGAACACAUCGCCACUGCCACUGCAUGUCUUCUUUAAAUGCCCGAGCUCAUAUACCGUAAAUCCACCCCAGCUUGAGAAUGCGCUAAAUCCCGGAGAUACAUCCGUUGUAACGGUCACUUAUGACCCGUCUUUCCAUACGGACCGCGUCACUGUAAAGGAGCACGCCAAACUCGUUAUUCGUUACGCUGAGCAUCCACAGAAAGAUAUAGUGGAGAUGUACAGUGAAGUCACCUUCCCUAACCUGUCGUUCGGAGCCAUGUCGAUGGAUUACGGAUGCAUACCGAUCAAUACCGAACAGAAGAAAACGCUAGUUAUGACAAACUGCAGCGUUUUGCCUGUCUCCUAUUCAUGGUUGUUCCAUGCUCCAGCAUUUCAGACGACACUGCAAGACGAGUCAGAAUUGUCAGAUGUCCUGAUUGACCAAAUCUUCGAUAUUCGACCACUGCACGGCAUGCUGAUGCCUGGCGACAGCGAGACCGUUGAGAUAACCUUCUAUGGUCAUCUUGGUGGCCGAUUUAGUGCAGUUGCCAUUUGCGAUGUUGCAGGGGGUCCAAAGUACGAGAUCAGUCUCCAAGGAGAGGUGUCUUUGAUUGAGUACCAGUUUGAUCGCCAUGUAAUCGAUUUUGGGACACAGUCAUAUCAAGACAUUUUGGAGCAAGAUUUGAUACUCACCAAUAUGGGGCGAGUGAGCUUUGACUUCAACACCUUGCUCCUGGCCGAAUCCCCACUUCAGCAAAAGAUCGCCAUCUUCCCAGCUGCAGGAACUAUUGGACCUCGAACGAAGCAGCGUUUAGCCGUACGAUGCUGCUUUGCUGUUCCCGAGACUGUGGAUGACUACUUCUUCGUCCAGAUAGCGCAAUUUGAGCCGGUGAAGAUCCAAGUUACCGGAGCAGGCACAUUUCCCCGUUUGAGCUUGAAUAUUCCUAGGAUGCCCGAUGAACGAUACGACGCGCAUUUGGCCGAAGUGAAGUCUGCGUGCACCAAAAAGGCCAAACAAAACUUGGCUAGCGACAAUGCACCAGGCAAAUUUCCGGAUCCUGAAGCAGAAGCUCAGGCUGAAAGGCUCCUUCUCAAGGAGAGAACAUUGGACCUUCUAGCUCGACUCAACGAUGACAUUCGCACACGCAUGCCACCCGUACCUAGGGGAAAAUAUAGUGUUGUUAGCUUGAGUGAAAGCUCUCAAGUGAAACUGGCGAGUUACAUUUGCGAUUUUGGCAAUGUAAUCCGCAAUACUCAGAAGAAGAAAACGGUGCGACUGAAGAACACCGGAUUGCACCCGAUCUCUUUCACGAUAGACAAAUCUGUAUUGACUGGGACUGGUUUCUCCGUAGAGCCUGACAAAGUUAGGCUCCUUCCUGGAGCACCGCACCAUGAAUGUAUCGACAUUCAAAUUACAUUUCAAGCCAGAAACAUGAGUAUCAAUAUGGAUUUAGGAACUGUGGGGGUAGAUUUACCUGUGAAGAUUGCUGGCGGUCCGAGCAUUGAUCUUGCACUUCGAGCAUAUGUAACGGUCCCUGACCUCACGAUUUCAACCAAUGAGAUUGACUUUGGAGAGGUUCUGUGUGGUUAUCGCAAGACAGUUAUGGUGCGACUGCACAAUUCUUACACGGUGCCCUGUGAAUGGACGGUUGUCACAACCGAUGUUGUCCCAGUACCAACAAAGAAGAAAGUCAAAAAGAAGCUGGGAGCGCAAGUGAUAAGAGAGUUUGAUUUCAUCCCAUCUUCGGGCAUCCUGCAGCCAGGAGAAAAGAUUAUGAUGAUGGUGCACUUUGUGCCAAUGGAAGAUAGGAUUUACGACGAAACCUUUCCCAUCAAGAUUACGAUGAAUGCAAAGGCCGCUCAACUCCGUGUCACCGGCAAAGGGAUUCAACCCUCUAUCAUUUUCGAACCUGAGGCGCUGAUUAUGGGGCCAGUACUACCGUUCUCUGAUGGAGCGGUGCGAAAAUUCAUUGCAUACAAUCCCACCGACUACCCUUUGGAGAUGUAUUCUUUGGAAUUCGAUCAGCAGUAUUUGGAAGAAGAAGAGCUAUUGAAACAUUUAGAUGGCUGGUACCAAAAUGGAGUGCUAUAUAUUCCCCCGCGAGAACCUGGAGGUGGCCUACCUGAACCCAUCGUGGAAGCCGCCCUUGCAAAAAUCAAACAGGAGAGAAAUGGCAAGGAGCCUAUGCCCAGUGACACUGGUGUUGGCGACCUUGUAGAAACCCUACCAGUGGGAGGUUCCUUGCAACAAUCAAGAUUUGCAAAGUCCUCUACCGCUUUAUCGCAUUUGCCUACAGGGACAACACAUGCGAACGAAAGUUCAACCGUCUCCACCCCAGAUGUCCCAGUAAACAUCAUUCUUCAUGGACCUCCAUUUGCCGGUCGUAAGACACAGGCGCGACGUAUCUCCAAGACCUUUGGUUAUGUCUAUGUGCGAGUGGAUGAGAUGAUUGAUGUCCACCUAGGCGCUGAAGGUAGUGGGCAUGACAUUGCAUCUAGGCUGAAAGAAGCUUUAUCAGGAGUUCAUGCUGAAAAUAUCUCUGGAGGUGCGGGGGGCGCAAAAGUACUCGUGAGUGCUAGUGUGGCCGCAGAUGCUGACGAUCAUUACCCAUUCUCGGCAACGCCAGCACUGGAACGCGAUGAUGGGGAAUCCCCUCAGCGCGAUCAUUACCAUACGGGCGACACGCAGUUCUCCCUAUCCGAAGACCUCAUUGCAGACAUCAUUAGAGUCGGAUUGCAGAAGGAAGAUUGCACUCGCGGAAUUGUCUUUGAUGGGCUCGAAAGCAAAUAUGGAACGCCUUUGGUGAUAAUGCGAGCGAUUAUGCGCGGCAACCCUGAAAGGAGCCGAAAACCUCUGCUAUUCAAUCUAGCUGCGGAUGUUUUGCAUAUCCGUGAACGUGAAGGCAGUGCACACCGUGGUGGCGGUGAUAAAGAUGCAGAUGCUCUUCACGUUGAGGAGGUGUCAGAAGCAGAUUACGACAAUAUGACAGAGCAAGAAAAAGAAAAAUAUGAUCAUUUGAUAGCUAAAUAUAGGCGACGUUUGAAAGAGCAACAAGAUCGUAAGAAGGUGGAGCAUCGACAUUGGGAGGACGAACUUGCAAUCAGGCUUGAGCGGAAAGCUGAGGAAGAAAAGGCCAAAGCCAAAAAGGGAGCACGAAGGCCACCCAUUAGUACCCGUCCCAUUGACAAACCUGACAAAACUGCCCCAUCCCCUGGAAGCAAGAGCGAUGCGCGAUUGAGUCGUAACAAUUUAUCGAUAGGUGAAGUAAAAACGGACGCAAUGUCUCCGAAAGUCAUAAAGCGACUUGCUUUGGAUAAAAUAGAACGUGGAUCAGAGAAGGGUACUCGCAGUGAGCUGGGGGAGCGUAUUGACAAAGACGCUUUUGACGAUCUGUCUUCGCGUUUUACCCUGAGCGAAGGAGGUGACUUGUUUUUGAAUGAGAGUACCUAUCGACGAGUUGACAACUACUCUUCAACGCUGGAAGCAGUUAUCAAUCUGUUGAAGGAUGGGGACAGACCGGUCCCCGGUCGGCAGCUAGCCGGGACAGUACAGGCAGAAAAAAAGGCACCAAAAACGAAAAUUGGUGCUGGAGGGACAGUUCCUCCGGACGUGGCUGCAGCGAGCGGCGUUCUCUCAACUUCGGAAGGUGAGCAACACGGUGCGGAAGAAAGUAUGGCACGGUAUUAUGUUGAAAUCAAUGCAAACUUGGAUGAGGACACUGUCUUUAAGACCAUCACCGAGCAUCUUCCCACUCAGUCGAAAGCGGAGGAGGGAGUCGAUGUUUUUGACAGAAUGCCGGAGCCUUACAUAGAGCAGAUUAUGUCGUUACCUCCCGAAAGGGCUGAUGUAGCCCCUCAUUUAAAAUACUUUAGCCUGUUCGCCCCGGCUGCUAUUGAAAGCGAGGAUGAUGCCCUUCCUUUGACGGAAGUAGUCCCUUCUCUACCCGCUGCUACAACUCCUGCGACAGGAGCAGUUGCAAGUACCUCCAGCAAUACGGGUGCGCGAACGGAUAAUGGCAGACGUGCACGCCCGGUGGUAAAAGUCAACGAAGACGUCAAACUUGCAGUUGAGAGUGAUGAUGAUAUUGACAAAGAUGAGAUCAGGCGAUUCCGUUGGGUAAUUCAACCGCACGAACGAAAGGAGCUAUUUGUCAAAUUUAGCGCUGCGGAAGUUGGAAAGUUUGAGCAGACCCUCAACUUUGAGUUGGUCGGAGCGAAAGGACGAUAUUCCAUUCAUUGCGCUGGAUAUUGUCAGUACGCUCAGAUUGCUGGCGACCCCAAAAAGAUUUUUCAAAAAUGGCGAAAGACCAAGGAUGACAAGGCUAUAGUGCACGGCGAAUACAUUGCAUCGACAGGAACGUACGAUUUUGGCCCCCUUCUCUACAGCAAACCCAGAGAGAAGUACCUGGACAGAUAUCCAGAAAACCGAGCUUUGUUGAAUAUCACCAACCCUGGCAAGUCGGAAAUAAAGGUGGCAUUUGGACUCCGUAACGAUGUAAAGGGUGAUGUCUUCUUUUUUGAGCCACAGAGUAUGGAUCUGUCUGUUGGACAGACCGAGACCUUGUCAAUAUGGGCAUAUCCGCGCAAUACCAACCACGUAGAAGAUUUGUUCGUAAUUUGCGUGAAAGACAAUCCAGAGCCCUAUUCCUUUAAGUUGACUUGUACUGGAGUAAAGCCCGAAUUGGAAAUUGACAAGAAAUCUCUGACGUUCGAUAAGCUGCUAUUGGGGAAAAUGGAAAGGCGAGAACUGCGGUUGAGGAAUAACACCCUUUUGCCAGUGGCAUGGAAGCUUGCUGGAGCCGAUGCGCUUGGAGAUGAAUUUCAAGUUGGGCCAGUGGAAGGGGUGCUGGACCCAGCACAGGAGUGCACCAUUGCAGCGGAUUUCAAGGGAAACAAACCAGUUGUAGUCAAGAAAUUAGUACGCCUCGAGGUCAGCGAUACUGAUAGAAUAGCGGGCGUUGUACAGGAGGUGCCUAUCUUGGUGACUGCCGAAGCGUACGAUAUCGCGGUAGAUCUUCAUUUUCCCAAGGGUUACGAGGGGGGAUUAGAUUUCGGCGUCAUCAAGGUAUUCGAGGAGGGCAAGCAAAUGUGUACGCUCAGAAACAAGGGCAAAUACGAAGUUGGGUACCGAUUUGCCUUCGACAGUAAGGAGUGCAGCGACCUUUUUACCGUUUCCCCACAACAAGGAGUCAUUCAGCCGUCCGACAAGCCGUUCCAAGUGCAGCUAGUGUUCCGAAGCGGCCGUGAGCUGACAAUCAGAGAUAGCACCUCGUGCAAAUGCCAGUUCUUUGAACCAGUGACAGGAGAGGUUACCGCUACUAUUCCAGUGAAACUUUCUGCACGGGCUGUAUUUAGCAAGUUUAGUAUCCUUCCCGUACGAGAUCUGAACUUUGGAGCACUGGUCCAUGGAACGAAAGCAACGCGGCAAUUUAUAAUCGAAAACUUGGGGGAAUUUGACUUCCGUUACUCCAUCUACAAAUUGGUUGCCGCGUUGACGGACAACAAACUUGGGGGCAAGACAAGAACUAACUCACGGGCCAGCAAAACAGGUGGACGGGCAACUUCGCCACCAUCAUCUAAAAUAAUGAGCCGGAAAGAUGUUAUCAAGCAGGGCGAUACGCUUAAUUUUGGAGCAUUUGCCAUCUUCCCCACAAGUGGGGUUGUAAGCGCUGGCCAAAAACAGCCUAUUACUGUCGAAUUCCAUUCUGAAACUCCUGGCAGUUUCGAGGAAAUUGCAGCAAUCGACAUAUCGGAUCGUUCUCCAUCGGAGUAUCCUGAUGUGUUGGAGUAUCGUUUAAUCGGCGAAAGCUGCAUACCUGGAAUCAACACUUCAGAUUACGCAUCAAUCUUUGAGGAGCAUACCCUUUGCAAACGCCUGGAACUGUUCUCUUCACAAACCAGCUAUUAUGCCGAGGAUGAUCGCAUUUUCUAUUUUGGACCGUAUUUAGUGGGGCAGCAAGCGCAGGUUCGCUUUAAGCUGUCCAAUCCAUACAAAAUCCCAUGCGAUGUGACUAUAUCAACGCGACCCCGAACAAAAGCCCGUGGUGAAGCUGCUGACUUCGCUUUUGAUUCAGAACCGAAGAGGUUAUCGAUUCCAAGCCAUGAAAGCCGCUAUAUUACCGUCACAUUUCAUCCUAUGCUGAUUCAGAGCUAUGCCGGAAUCUUCGAGGCAGUCGUCGAAAAUGUCGCCGAGAGCAAAACAAAAACUCUUUCUUUUGAAUUACGAGGGGAAGGAACACUCCCACGCAUAACUGUUGACAGGCCCUCGCUCAGAAACAAGGCAGGAAUUCCUUUACUCCAUUUCCGAAGACUGCUGAUUGGCGCAUCGCAAACUUUACCUAUUGUGCUUCGAAAUGAUGGAAUUAUAGCGGCAAAGGUUAAACUGGAAUGGAAUGCGAAAGAUACAGAUGAUUUUGACUGUGCUGGACUAAAUCAAACAUACACAUUGAAGCCUCAGGAGAGUCGUAGUUAUGACGUGCGAUGCCGUGCAAGCGCUGCCCGAAAGCUUGAUGCAGAGUUGCGUGUCCGUGUGAUUGAUAAUACAUUCGAGGAUACUUCAAUACAGCUUUCUGGGGAAGGGUAUCUUGACGAACUGAGCUUCGAUGGCUUACCGAAUGACUCGGAAAACGAACUAUUCUUCGGAGACUGCUUUGUGAACGAACCAAAGCAGAUCGCAUUCAGCGUAACUAACCAUUCGCAUGAGUAUUUACGUAUCGCUUUCGGAGAUCACGACGACUUCAGCUUCUCACCUUCGUGCUUGCACAUUCGUCCGAAGGGAAGUAAGGAAGUUACCGCUUCCUUCCUAGCCCGGCAUCCCAAUGAACACGUUGGUGUCCAUGUACCGGUUAAAGUUGCCAAAAUCAAGUAUGAAUCUCAACCACCCGAUGCGGAUUGGGAUGAUUCUAUGAAGGCAGUUCGUUGGGUAAUGACGGACUUGUCCAGGGUGAUGACGCCUAAGAAGAUUGUUGAACAGCAUCCGGAGCCAGCUGUCGAGAUACUCGGCCAUAUUUUGCCGGAUCGCACCCUGCUUCUUUCCGGAUUUGCCGAAUUCUCUUCGUAUGAAUGUGACGUGACGAAUGUUCGCUUCAAAGACACCAUGAUGUAUCAAACACGGAUAUAUAUUUUCACAGUCCGCAACACGGGCAAGGUGCGGUUACCUUACACGUUCACCUUUAUCGAUGAUGAUAAUUCCCCACUGGACCCGGAUUCGGUAGACUGUCCUUUCAGUGUUCUACCAUCGUCCGGCACUAUUGAGGGUGGGGAGACGGCCAGCUUCACCCUGAGAUUUUCCCCAGUAGAAGUUGGAACAUACACCGCUAAGCUGGUGAGCUCAAUGUCCAAUCUGGCAGCAGGGCAAAAGGCCAUGCAGCUUCACAUCCAGGGAAGUUCCCAGCGACCCUUCUGCCACUUCGAGAUUGAAGAGAGUGACUACCUAGUUAGGCGCAACAUGGAUCUCACCUCAGUCGCUGCGAUUACAAAGGUUCUCGAUCCAGGCACCAAAGUGAUUGAGUUCUUUUCUUAUGGAGUGAAGAUCCGAAACACCAAGCGAUUCUAUCUGGUAAAUCCCACCAACAUCAGCUACAGUUUUGAAUGGGUUCAUGAAGCAGGAGACGAGCGGAUGUUCAAGUGUCUCACACCGAGAGGUCUUGUUACGGCAAACAAGAAGUACGAAAUAGUCUUCGAAUUCACCCCGGAAUCGAUUGACUUAAAGGAAUCUCUUUGGCGCUUCAAUAUUGUAGGUCAUAAGCUCUCUGUUUCAUUUUUACUCGUUGGACAAGCUAUGGAGCCCAACGUUUUCAUGGAUCGACCAAGUGUGAACUUCAAAUCAGUUCUUGUCGGACGUCAAGUGAAGGAAAUUGUCAAAUUAGUGAACAACGAAGCUGUGCCGUUCAGUUUCUGCUUCAACGACACUUCGUUCGAAAUGAAUAAUGAUGGCGUUCCGGUGUUGAGAUUUUCUCCGACGGCGGGUACAAUAGCGGCUAAGUCCGAAGCUGCCAUCGAGAUUACAUUUGUACCGUCAGCGGAGAAGAUGUUCAAUUAUAACCUUCUAUGUAACGUUCGAAAGAAACCUUCUCCUUUGUCGAUUAAUGUCAAAGGAGAAGGGUACGAGAUACACGACUCUCUUCAAAGUGAGCUUCCAGAUGGUGCAUUGGCAGAUUUGAUAUCUGGGCCUACGGCGGAAAAUGUGGUUGACUUUGGGAUGGUUCAACUGAACGAAAAGCGGCUUCGGCGAAUUGCUAUCAUCAAUUCUGGAAGAUUCAAUUUUGACUUCAACUGGAAGCUACAAGGCAAGAGAAGUGGAGCGUUGUGUAUCACGCCAGAAACCGGCAUUGUGCGGAAGGGAGAACGGAUGGUCUGCGAUGUCUCAUUCCUACCAACACAAGUCGUAUCCCUGAAGGAGGCGAAAGCCACAUGCCAUAUUUUAAAUGGUCGAUCGUACCAGAUUGCUUUCCGCGGAAGUGGAGUGAGACCGCUCCUAAAACUUUCCAAGGUCUUACACGAUUUUGGCACACAUUUCGUCUACAAAGCUGGGAUGAACCCUGCUACGACUACGAUCGAGUUAACCAACGAGGACGUGAAUGACAUCUUAUUCGAUAUUCUUCCUCUGGAUUCAGCUGUGUUCGAUGUAAAACGAGUUGCUAGUACUCUGCCUCCUGGCCAGACCACACCACUUGAGAUAUCAUUCUAUCCGCGAGAUUCUGUGGCCUAUACUGAAAUAAUAAAAAUCGAAAUCAAUGGUUUGUCAACGGUGGAUUUCAUCGUCAAGGGGAAUGGGACGGAAUUUCGUGUAGAGCCCCUACAUGCAGAACAGCGGACAUUGAACUUUGGUGCAGCGAGAGUCGGCCAUGCUGUUAGUCGUACCAUGAAGUUAGUGAACCAUAGCACCAUUCCAGCCAACUUUAACAUAGGGCCACCGUCUGCUCUUGAAAGUCUUGCGGCACAUUCUGUGGAACUAUCUCCUCGCGGCAGUUGCACCCUUCGACCUCGUGGUACCCUCAACGUCGACGUUCGGUUUCAUCCUCAAUCCCGCAUUCCGGCGUUUUCGGAGGAGAUAUGCUUAGAGGCACCUGGGAUUUCAAAGUCUCUCGCGAUAGUUAGCGGUGCUUGCCAAGGGACGGAGGUCCGUUUAGAGAAUGAAACGCUUCCAUUUGGUGCUGUAGUCUACCACAGCACGGCCGCUCGUCGUGUGCAAAUGCAGAACGUUGGGGACAUAGGCGCGACGUUCCAUUGGGAUGUGUCCAAAUUCGCUCCCGAUUUCACCAUCUCGCCAUCGGAAGGCUACAUCUCUCCAGGCAUGGAGAUUGCACUGGAGAUAACCUUCCGCCCGACCGAAUUGAAUCCGGAUAUCCGUUAUGAGAAUCUGACAUGUCAUGUUGAAGGCAUACCACCUCUGUAUCUUACCUUAACCGGCAUGUGUAUCCCGCCACCAGUGCAAAAUGAAGUACUGAAGUUUGCCGCACCCGUACGUCAGUCAGAUACAAAGAGCAUAUCACUGUCGAAUAGAACUAGCACAUACUGGCAUGUUCGCCCGAUCAUAGAAAAUGACUUCUGGAGCGGACCAGAAAUUAUCGACAUAGAGCCCGGCCAGAGUAAAUCGUACGAUAUAACCUUCACUCCUCUGGUAAUGACCGGCGAUGGAGAUGGUGGACGGCACGAGGGAUCAAUUUUCUUUCCCCUUCCAGACGGGACGGGCAUGCUGUACAAAUUGUAUGGUACUGCCGAUAAACCUGUAGCUGCUGGCAAUAUCACCCGCGACGUCCCUUCAAAGACGCAGUUUACCGAGAUAUUAUCUGUUACAAACUGGCUGAAGAAACCGCAGCGUCUAAAAGUAAUAAUCGAACAGGCGAAGCCCGAUCCCAGCGUAAUCUUAAAAGGACAUGACUUCAUCGACCUGCCGUCUCUUUUAAGCAAGGAUUACAAGCUUUCCUUUUAUGCGUACAAGGAAGGAGUUACAGGUGCGAGAAUCAUAUUUAAGAACGAGGCCACCCAGGAAUUUACGUUCUUCAAUGUGACCUUCCGGAGCACGUCACCCGGGGUUAUCUCGACGAUUGAACUCGCCACCACUGUCCGACAGGCGACAACAAAGGAUAUUGUCCUCGCGAAUCCCCUUGCAGUCCCAGUGGCUUUCAAUGUGUCAUGCAAUUAUCCGGACAUCACAGUUCCUCAUUCACUGGUUGUUCAGCCUCGAGCUGAAAGCAUAUGCACAAUUGAGUUUCUACCUUUGCAACCACGCGAGUCGACCGCACGACUCGCAAUAUCAUCUAGCGAAUUAGGCGUCUAUCAGUACGACCUCAAACUGAUAGCAAAUCCAGCGGGUCCAGAACGCAGCUUACAUUUUAAAGUCGGUCUUGGCGGUAGCCAAGUUCAAUCGUUCCGAUUUGUAAGCUUUGCCAAAGCGAAAACAGAAUAUACAUGCAAAAUCGAUAGUGCCGACUUUUUCACGGAAAAAACGAUUUUAGUGCCUGCAGCCACCAAUAGCGGAUGUGAGGUUUGCAUCGACGUAACAUACGAGCCAUCCCGACUGGGGGACACACGCACGCAGUUGAUUGUAUCUUCACCAACCGGUGGGGAUUACAUAUGUCCAUUGUUUGGACAUUGCAUAUCACCCCGUCCCCAAGGACCAGUCAGCAUCAAACCUGGUGUACCAGCGUCAUUGCCCUUCAAGAAUAUUUUCAAUUCGAGCGCUACAUUUAAUUUCAUUGUGGAUAAUCCUGCAUUCGCUGUUAAAGCAGCGGAAACCAUUGGACCCAAAAAGACCAUACAGGUCUCUAUUGCGUUCAAACCGCCUUCGGGCGUCCCUUAUACGCCAAACGCAGAGAAGGGUGAAAAAGAAGAAGCGACAGCGCCGCCCGCUUCGCGUCGAGAACGAAGCGAACGAGCCAAGGACACAGCUGCAGCCAUUGCUCCGACAACGACACCAGCCAAAACUGUAACCGGCCCGAUAUCUAAAGUGGGAAAGUUAAUGAUUAGUCAUGGGGAAAGCAAUGUCGUCUGGAUUUAUUAUUUGCGAGCAGCGGCAAGUUAGAAAGUGUAAUAAUUUGUAAAUUUUGUAAAUGACCAUCAAUCGACACAGUUA